CAGGAAGUUGGAGUACUUUCAAUAUUACAUGGUCGACGCCCUCUCGCAGAUUCUAAUAUAUUUUGACAAUACUCAAAAAUUUAAAUUAUAAGGCCUUAAUGAGAACACUUAAUAUUUACAGUACAUCGAUAGAAAGUGAACAAUUUUUUAUUAGUUGUUUGAUCAUAUCAUCAUUUAGUAAAAUGAAGAGUGAUUACUCUCAAUUGGAAACGCUUUUAAAGCUCUCGUCAAAACAACAAAUGAUUGACAUUUGUCAACAAGCUUUCUUGUACAGAAAAAGGGGCCCCUCCCAUCUACCAGAUGUUUUAGUCCAGUCUACAUCCCAACUGUUAGGUAUUUCUGCCAAUGAAACCAGACAGUGCAUUUGUACAUUGAGUCAUUUACUAAAGUCAGCUGUUUUUCAAGGCUCAACUGAUCCACAAACUAUUUACAGUCUUUUUCCAGGUGGAUUUCAUAAAAAUCUUCGGGACUUAUUAACUAAAAUAAUUAUAGAAAAUACAGCAACUUGGAAAGCAGAUGCUAUAUCUGGUCAAG